AUGGCCAAAUCGAAAAAACCCACUCUCAAGUCUACGCUUUCCUCCCAACAAAUCCGACUCAAGAAAAGACAGGAUGCUAAGCAGUCAGCUGAGCAACAGACUGUCAAAAAGGCCGUUAGUACCGGCAAAGGAAAGACGAAGGCCACACCACAGACUCUUCGUCCGACUAUCCCAUUCCGUGCCACCGACAAGGUCUUGCUGAUAGGAGAGGGGAACUUCUCUUUCGCACGAGCUAUGAUUUACGAUGCACCUUCUGGCUUGGAACACUUUCCUCCUCAGAAUUUGACCGCUACCGCAUACGACUCCGAAGAAGAGUGCGUGGCGAAGUACCCUGAAUCCGCGGAGUGCAUUCAAGCAUUGCGAGAAAAGGGGGCGGAGGUUUUGUUUAGGGUGGAUGCGACAAAGCUUGAGAAGGUUUCUGCACUGAAAGGGAGACGUUUUGACAAGAUAGUCUGGAAUUUUCCUCAUGCUGGAAAGGGUAUCACUGAUCAGGACCGCAACGUACUCUCGAACCAGAUUAUGGUUCUUGGGUUCCUACGCUCAGCACCAAACUUCCUUGCACACGGUCCCCCGCCAAAAGCUAUGCAUAGUCGAAAACGCAAGAGGAUGCAAGAGGAUGUCGACGAUGACAAGAGUGCAGAAGGAAGUGGUGAUGAAGGAGAUGAUGAGGAUGCUACAGGGUGUAGAGGCAGCAUUCUCAUUACGCUCCGGAAUGUUCCUCCUUACACAACUUGGUCCGUUCGUAUUCCAUCACAGGAUGUCCCUAAGCUGGCCAAGAAUCCUCCACCCCCUCAGGCCAUAAACGACAAGCCAAACCCGUAUUACACACUACUACGUUCGUUCCAAUUCCAUCGAAGUAUAUGGAAAGGGUACGAACAUAGGAUGACCAAGGGAGAAAGAGCGCAUGGAACCGGAAAGACUGGGGAGGGUGGAGAAGACAGGACCUGGGAGUUCCAUAUUCGAGCCAAGACUCAAUGA